AUGGCCCGGAACACGCGUUUUCCGGCCUCAAACGAGCCGCUUCACAUCUUCCAAGACGACCUAUUCGAGAACGCCGCUCCUAUGACCAGUCACGCACCUAUGCCCGCCGUCUCGAAGCCUAACCGCCGCCCCCUGACGAGCUCAAACUCCAACGUCGUCCUCAACCCACCCGCCGCCUCUCACCAAACCUACUCUCCUUUCAAGACGAGGCCGAUGUCGUCACCUCAAUCUACCCUCAGCUCCUCCCACGGCAGUAAAUUGAAUAUGGUCGCCAUGGCUCCUCCCUCCGGCAAGGGACACAACACCGACUCCCUACACAAGAGACCUUACCUCUCAAAGUUCAAGACCGGUCCUCAAAGACACUCGAUGGACGCCAGCUUCGCCUAUGGAAAGGAGAACGUCCACCCUCAAAUAUUCCCGGCCCCUGCCACCAUCAACCUUUCCGUCGAAAACUACCACCACAAGCCCAACGGCAAGCGAGGACUCAUGGAUGCCGCCCCUAUCAAGGACUCGAGACCCUCGAAGAAGAUCAAGACGGAGCCCACUACCACCAUCCCUCACCCCGACUCCUUCCCUGUCAUCAUCGACGACGGCGCCAAGCCACCUCACAGCUACGCCCAGCUAAUUGGAAUGGCCAUCCUUCGAUCUCCUAUGCAUCGCCUGACACUCGCUCAAAUUUACAAGUGGAUCAGUGACCACUACUCUUUCUAUAGCCCCACCGAUGCCGGUUGGCAAAAUAGUAUCCGUCAUAACCUGAGCCUUCACAAGAACUUUAUCAAGAUCGAGCGACCCAAGGACGACCCCGGCAAGGGCAACUACUGGGGCAUUGAGCCUGGCACCGAGUCUCAGUUCCUUAAGGAGAAACCCACUCGCAAAUCUGCCCCCACAGCCGAGAACCUCCCAGUUAUGUCGACCCGCCUUGAACCCUCACGGCCUGCUCCCCAACCUAUGCAGGAGCCCACCUUGCCUCCACCGAUGCCCAUCAGCCAGUCUCUCCUGCCACCCCUUCCUACCUCGCAGGCAACCAUGUCGAUGCCCGUAGAGCUUUCAUCCGAUGCCACCAUUCCCGUUUCUGAUAACGCCGGCCCCGAGGACGCUGCGGAUAAGGCUGGAGAGAACGAUCUUCUUGACUCAUCCCUCUAUUCGCCCCUCCCCGCAGCCAUGCAUUCCUCGCCUCCAGUCUCUCGUCAUCAAGAGCCCCGGAGCAACACUCCUCCUCCGAUCUCCCGCAAUCCUGCAUCAUCCAUCACCCGAUCCCACAAGCGCAAGUUUGCUUCCAUGGACGAUAGUGGCUACAUUUCCUCGCUCGAGUCAUCAGUGAUGCGACCAAACCAAAAGGCCCUUUUGCUUACCUCUGAGGCUGAUCGACCUCGAAUCAAGCGGGGACGUGCAGAGGAAGAGAUUGCACGGUUGCGAGGCUCAUCUCCCUUCAGCCCGACCAAGUCCCGAUCUUACUCCGCCUUUGGUCCCGUAUCUUCUUCACCACUGCGACAGAACCACGAGAACCAAAUGCUCCCUCCACUCACGCCAAUCGUCAAGAUGAAACCUCCCGUUCGCCCACCCCCUUCGGUCUCCCCAAACACCAACCUUCGCAUCCACCGAGACAAGGUUCGCCACAUGCUUCAAUCCCCACUCCGCCGCGUCACUGGUGUCGCCGACGACGCUGUGCCAUGGAGCCCUGCCUUCAACCUCGAUGAGACGGCCUACAACUUCGACGAUGUCCUCAACACUGCCGACUUUGAUAUCUUCCAGGAUCUCACCAGCAUGGAUGAGAAUGUAUUUGCUACCAACGCCGCAGACGGCUCUCCAGUGAAGCGUUCCGCAAAACGUGCUCGCUUCGACAGAUCUUUCUCCACAUCCGCUUUAGGCGAAAUCACGAACUCGACGAUGAAGAAAUCUAUUGCUUCGGCUCCCUUGCUCAAGGCUCCGGAUACGCCUAUCCAGUUUCUCGAAACCCCGAGCAAAGUCUUCGAAGACCUCGGUUCGCCAUCAAAGCUAUUCCAGCAAUCCCCGAUUCGAAACCAAUCCCCUUCGAAAUACUCGGGCCUUUUAGAGAUUCCUGGUGAUGGCGACUGGCCAGGUUUGAUGAUUGAUCCUGUCGACUUCAUUUCCAACGGCAACACAGAAGUCACGGACUUUUCUGGUCUCGAUAUUCUCCAGGGCUUUGAGAAGAUUGGGUCUGGUUCACAAAACAAAGGCUCCAAGGGUAGCAAGCCCGGUCUGGGUCGAAGCUAUUCUACUGCUUUCUAG